AGAACAGUCAACAGAAUCAACCAUGUCCAUUUAUGUUGCUGGCGAAGUUGUGGAAGAUGCUUUUAUGCUGGCAAGAGGAAGAGAAGUAAAUUGAGAAAAUAAUAUAACACUUAAGGUGUAUGAAAAUGAGCGAGCUAAUUGGCGAUGAGAUGUUGUUGUCACUUUGGCCUGACCAGUUCCUGAAUAAACCUCCGGCUUUAGACUGGCCCCUGAAAGAUCAACAGAUUGUACCAGUUCCGGUUGUUCUACUAGAUGAUGGGAGAUUUGCAUUUAAAUCAGAUAAUGGACAAAUCUGCCUGGUUGAUGGUCUUCAAGGGCCGAAUGACGUGGGAUGUCAAAAUCUACCUCCGAGUCUUGAAGAUCCAACUGCGGAACUUCCUCCUCUCAGUGAUGCGACGAUCAAGUCCUUGCUGGUCCAGGACAAUCUGGGACUCGACUCGGAGGGUAGCGGUAUGUUGAUGCAGCUAGGGCUGCCGGAUGUGUCGGAGGUGAUCGAUGGACCUGCGCCCGGCUCACCACUGGCCGUCGAUGAUGACCUCAACCCCCUGGUCUCGUUCCGAUGUCAGUUUUGUUCCUUCUCUUCCGCUGAUGUGCCCAGUCUCAUGGAACAUUCUCAAACUCAUGAGCAGCCUGAACAAGUAGACGAAGAAACUAUAACCCCGGAGGAGGAUGUAGCGGACUCUUCGUUAACCCAAGGUUCCCUGCCUGACGCGGAGCAGUUUGUGUAUUAUUUGUGUUCGGAGUGCAAGGAGGGCUUCACUUCCCUAACUGAGUGCCGAGACCACAUGAUUAUUGAUCACAAGAUGGUGCUGGAUGAAGAGAAAGCAAAAGAAGUCGAUCCAGAAACAGUCUCAGUUGAGAAUGAAGUGACGGACACAGCUACAAAAGACGAAGUUGACAUCGUUACCGAGAUAAAAAUAGAAACAGAUGAAGAAGAUAUUUUACCCGAGGACGACCCUCCUUCUUCACCUAAGUCUCCAAAGGGUCCCACAUUUGAGGACUUGCUACUGGCUAAACUACCAAAGCCUAGAACCAAACCGAAGGAGGAUUAUGAUCCGGAGUUUGAAGCUAAACCUCAUAAGUGUCCCGAGACAAUGUGUGUUUGCAGAUUCAGCACGCUCAACUUCCUACAGAUUCACCAAUCAUGUCAUGCGGAGGAGAGUGUGCGCAGCUUCUGUUGCUGCAAGUGCUCAAUGUUGUUCUCCAAGUGGAGCGCAUGUGCGCUUCAUCUAUGGAAGGAUCACAGUGUUGACGUGGAUCUGUACUCUUGUAAUGUGUGCGGAGAUUACAAGACUACCACUCGUAGGAAGCUCGAGUGUCACAAGAAGAUCCACAGCGACGAACGUCCGUACAAGUGCAAAGUGUGCGACAAGGGGUUCAAACAACCAACACAGCUGAUCAACCAUGUGUCCUCCGUCCACAACAAGCACCAAUCGAAGAACAGCGGCUCUAAGUGGUACAUGUCGCAGAAGUGUGAGAUUUGUCUCAAGACUUAUGCUGACUCUAAAUGCCUAAAGAAACACAUGCAGGCAGUGCACAGUAAGCUGAAGCCAUACAAGUGCCAGAUCUGCGGUCACAUGAGUGCUCGCAAGGCCAUGCUGCAGGUUCAUAUCAGGCAGCACACGGGGGAAAAGCCAUUCGCCUGCACCAUCUGUUCGUUCAGAACUGGAGACCACAACUCUCUGCGUAGACACAUGAUGAGACACUCCGGAGACAAGCCAUACAAGUGUCCGCACUGCUCGUACUCUUCUAUCCAGUCCUCCUCGUACAAGAUGCAUCUGCAGGCAAGACAUCCUGGGCUGAGUGGCUCCUUCAUCUGCAAACUCUGCCACUUCACCACAGUCAGCAAAGACAGCUACAACAAACAUGUCAACGACCACAAGCUCAACCUCAUAGCACCCGUAGCUCACCCUGUAGCCCUCAGCCGUAACCGAUGGCCACUAGGUUCACACAUUGAUGAUAGUGAUGUUUUUCCUGAGAACAUGGCUGCUGCUUCUCUUGUCUACAGCUCGUUUGGAGCUUCUCGUUGCGACAUUACGGCCAGUUCUACUUCUCGAGAUGGUAUGAGACAAACUAUCACAAUAUCAAUUCCGCCCGAGGAAGCUGAUGGCGUUGGGUCUGAUGAUGAUGACACUUCACCCUGCUACCUGCAGGACACUGGUGGCAUCACCAUUCCUGCUGAACCUGACUCUGACCAGCCUCUCAUUGGAUUCACAUAACUACAGUGACAGUGUUGGGUUUGAUGAGUAUGUUCCACUGUCUUGAAGUAAUGAUAGUACUCAAGGGAUGGACGGGAUUGCACCUUAAGUUUGGGACGAGACAGGUGCGGGAUUUUGAUUUAUUUCCUGAUAUUCAGGAUUGGAUUAAUCUUCCCGUACAAAUAAAUAUUCUUAUUCUUGGGCAUGUCAAUAAUGAAAAACAAAAUCAAUUUUAUUAUUAAACAUCUCACUCGAUUGCAGUGAACAUGUGAACAGUAUAAGUGCUCUUUGGCAUCAUCAUCGUCACCCGCCUUACUGACAAAAUCACCAAUAUCCACCAUAAUCACCUCUCGAUCUUGGUGAAAUUGCACCCAGUUGGAAUGAAUCCCAUUCGAUAAAGUCCUGCUGAAAAUUGGAUGUAUGGUUUUCCACAAAAUGUCAUUAAAUGCAGAGUAACCCAUCCAUCCCUAAUUUUAUUACUUGGGAAAGAUGGCUAUAGGCCAGGUUUGCUGGAUAUUCUUACCUUACUAUCCAGAGUAAAAAAGCCUACUGUUCACUACUAUUUAAAUUUUGUUGUAUUAAGGAGCAUAAGAAACCAUAAUGUGAUUCAUAGGGCGUGUUUAUAUCCACUUACAAACAUUAUGAAAGUGCAAUUAAGCAAUAGCAUUGCUUGUUAUCUUCGAAUAACAAGGAUUUUCGUGCAAAUCUUGGUAUGUUCUUGAUAUAAAACAGAUUCCAAAUUUGUUUACUAGACAUUACAUCACCAAUCACCAUCUUAAAAUUGUCGCCAGUUUUUUUUUAUCAAAAUCAGUGUAGUUGAUGUGAGCCACUGACAGAUUGUGCUGAUGUAAAUUACUAAUUUCUCUCACAUUUUUUCUCUGCGUUUUCUACACCAAUGGCAUUUUUUAUGGUUGGAAAGGGAACGAUCCAAACCCUAGUCUGGUAACCUUUUUGAUCAUAAUUAAUCCAUUUCCUAAUAGCAAAUGGCAUCUGGGUAUGGAAACGAUCUCAUUUAAAACUGUCAUGACCCUUCAACUAUGCCAGCAACAAAAAAUGAGGUAGAAAAUAGAAUUGUAGACACCAGCGCAUUCCGUGAUUCGCUCACUCAACCAUGUUCUUUUUUAGUAAAAAAAUUGGCGACAGCUGGUCCAUGGGAUGUCUAGUUCUGUAUCAAUGGAAUAGAUAAAUGGCAGCCUAGUGUUGCAAAUUUUUUCCAAGUACUUUAAUAAUUGAUUUAUGAAUUAAUGUGCAAAAAAGCCUUUAUUGUGUUGUGUUAAGGCGUAGCAAUAAGGUGAGAAUGAAUCAGAAGGAUUAAGAAUCAAUGUUUUUUUCUUCAGUAAAGAUGGGUUUACAAAUUGUCUCAGAUGUCUUCUGUGAUCUCAAAUGAAUGUAAGCAUAAACACGCAAUACUUUAAAAUGGAUAAACAUCACUAAAAAUAAGACUGUUUUGUAAAUACUGUAGGUUAGGUAGUUUAGUUUUGUGAAACUUCAGAAUGUUGCGGUUUCAUUUUGUGAUAGACAUUUUUAAACUCAUACAAAAUUGAAUGAAAUUCAAUAUGUUUAAGUUAAAACUAUUGAGGCUGUUUUACUCCUAUUAUUUUCGUUUUACUGAUAUGUUUAUGUAUUAAGCCUUAAGUUAGUUAAUAUGUUUUCCUUUGCGAUCCUCUAGUCAUUUGUUGAUUGGAUGUGUGUCCUAUGUAGGGCAUGUCAUCAAUGUAGGUGUGGAUCUUUGAGAGUUAAAUAUCGGUUUGUACAUAAGGAAAAACUUGUAAAAUUUGGAAUAUCAGUGGGAGAGGUUAUGGUGCUCACCUGAUAAUCAAAAGGAUGCCGGUGCGAUCCUGAGAAAAAUCAUGAGUUUUCAUUUUCAUGGUUUGAAAUUGGGACCAUCCUAGAUCAUAGGGCUUCUAAUAAAUGGUCUUGGCUAUAAGAACAGCUUAAUUUAGUCAAAUUAACAAAGUUAUACAUAUCUCACUCCAUUCUAUAAUCAUCUUGCAUUUUAUUUCCAGCUUAUAUUAAAUGGUGCUCCAUUUCAAAAUUUAAUGAUAAUACCCAUUUAAAAUCCAGCAUUUGAAGAAUUUUUUCGCUUAACCAUCAAUUAAGCGAUGAAAGACACUGCCUGUGUGUUAUUUGCCGAGUAUAAAUUGAUGUUGAGCUUUAGUGACCAAAUAAUCAAAAGGACUUAAGGAAAACCGGAACAACAUUUUUUUCUUUUUGUUAUAUAGGUCACUUGCUAGUGCCUUACUAUACUUUUUAAUUUUUGUUUUUGAAGUAGCAUUUUAUGCUAAUGGCUUGUAUUUAACUAUGAAAGUUUACUUUAUUAACAUUUCUGUGGUGACCAAACCACAUUAAAUAAAUUGUUUUAAGUAGCUGAUUUUCUUUUGCAAUAUUUAAAAUUUAAUUUAUUUAGCCUAUUAUUUUUGUACAUAUUGUAUAUUUGAGAGACCUUUAGUUGUAUAAAUAUGUGCAAUGUAAAUAACU